CGGCAACGUGGCCGCGGGAGGAAGUUUCCGCAAGUUUGUCCUCUCAUUGCGGGGCCCGGCCAGCGACCCGGCCGGCCGAGCUGCCCAGGCCUCCCCGCCGGGCAGGCGAAGUCGGAGUCGGGGAGGACGAAGGCGCCCCGAGUCCCAGAGCGACGCGGCUUUGUCGGCUUUGCUCUCUCUCUCUGCUCCCCCAUCGCCUUCGGGGCGCGCCGCGAGGAGGCUCGAACUCGGACAGAAGAGGACUGGGAGGCUUCGGGGUCCCCGGGGCUGCCCCUCCCGGGCACAGACCGCCCCCCCCCCGGGCCAGAGAGCCACCUAGACUGUCUCCCCCCGGGACGAUGGCGGGGUGCCGGACCCCCCGGGAUUAUAACGGUGCGGAGGACCCCCCACGCCCCCGCGCCCUGUGGGGGCUGCUGAUCUGGACUCUGCUGGCCCUGCGCGGGAUCCCCCCGGCCGGAGCGCAAGACGACGUGGCCCCCUACUUCAAGACGGAGCCGGUGCGGACUCAGGUGCACCUGGAGGGAAACCGCCUGGUGCUCACGUGCAUGGCCGAGGGCAGCUGGCCGCUGGAGUUCAAGUGGCUGCACAACAGCCGGGAGCUGACCAAGUUCUCCCUGGAGUACAGGUACAUGAUCACCAGCCUGGACCGCACCCACGCCGGCUUCUACCGCUGCAUCGUGCGCAACCGGAUGGGAGCCCUGCUGCAGAGGCAGACCGAGGUGCAGGUGGCCUACAUGGGCAGCUUCGAGGAGGGCGAGAAGCGCCAGAGCGUGUCCCACGGAGAAGCCGCCGUCGUCCGCGCCCCCCGCAUCGCCAGCUUCCCGCGGCCACAGGUGACCUGGUUCCGGGACGGCCGCAAGAUCCCGCCCAGCAGCCGCAUAGCCAUCACCCUGGAGAACACGCUGGUCAUCCUGUCCACGGUGGCCCCGGACGCCGGCCGCUACUACGUGCAGGCGGUGAACGACAAGAACGGGGACAACAAGACCAGCCAGCCCAUCACGCUCGCCGUGGAGAAUGUCGGGGGCCCCGCAGACCCCAUCGCUCCCACCAUCAUCAUCCCUCCCAAGAACACCAGCGUGGUGGCCGGGACCUCAGAGGUGACCAUGGAGUGCGUGGCCAACGCCAGGCCCCUGAUCAAGCUGCACAUCCUCUGGAGGAAGGACGGGGUGCUGCUGUCCGGCGGCAUCAGCGACUACAACCGCCGGCUCACCAUCCCCAGCCCCACGGGCAGCGACGCCGGCUUCUACGAGUGCGAGGCCGUGCUGCGCGGCAGCAGCGUCCCCUCCGUGGUCCGCGGAGCCUACCUGUCCGUGCUGGAGCCGCCUCAGUUCCUCAGGGAGCCGGAGAGACACAUCACGGCGGAGAUGGAGAAGGUGGUGGACAUCCCCUGCCGAGCCAAAGGCGUGCCCCCGCCCGCCAUCACCUGGUACAAGGACGCGGCGGCGGUGGAGGUGGCCAGGCCGGGCCGCAUCCGGCAGCGCGGGGACGGGGGCCUGCAGAUCAGCGGGCUGGUGCCCGACGACACCGGCAUGUUCCAGUGCUUCGCCCGCAACGCGGCCGGAGAGGCACAGACGUCCACCUACCUGGCCGUCACCAGCAUCGCCCCCAACAUCACGCGGGGCCCCCUGGACAGCACGGUGAUCGACGGCAUGUCCGUGGUGCUGGCCUGCGAGACGUCGGGGGCCCCGCGGCCCGCCAUCACCUGGCAGAAAGGGGAGCGCAUCCUGGCCAGCGGUUCCGUCCAGCUGCCCCGCUUCACGCUCCUGGAGUCGGGCAGCCUGCUGGUCAGCCCCGCCCGCCUCUCCGACGCCGGCACCUACACCUGCCUGGCCACCAACUCCCGGGGCGUGGACGAGGCCUCGGCGGACCUGGUCGUGUGGGCCCGGACCCGCAUCACCAGGCCGCCCCAGGACCAGAGCGUCAUCAAGGGCACCCAGGCCUCCAUGGUGUGCGGCGUGACCCACGACCCCCGGGUGACCAUCAGGUACGUGUGGGAGAAGGACGGGGCCGCCCUGGGCGUGGAGAGCACCCCCCGCGUCCGGCUGGACAAGAACGGCUCCCUGCACAUCGCCCAGACCUGGUCGGGGGACAUCGGCACCUACACCUGCCGCGUGUUCUCCGCCGGCGGCAACGACUCGCGCAGCGCCCACCUGCGGGUCAGGCAGCUGCCCCACGCGCCCGAGCGCCCAGUGGCCACGCUGAGCGCCGCGGAGAGGAGGGCCAUCAACCUGACGUGGGCCAAGCCCUUCGACGGCAACAGCCCGCUGCUCCGCUACAUGCUGGAGAUGUCGGAGAACAACGCCCCGUGGGCCGUGCUCCUGGCCAGCGUGGACCCCGAGGCCACCUCGGUGGUGGUCAAGGGCUUGGUCCCCGCGCGCUCCUACCAGUUCCGCCUCUGCGCCGUCAACGACGUGGGCAAAGGCCAGUUCAGCAAGGACACGGAGAGGGUCUCGCUCCCCGAGGAGCCGCCCACCGCCCCACCGCAGAACGUCAUCGCCAGCGGCCGCACCAACCAGUCCAUCAUGAUCCAGUGGCAGCCGCCCCCCGAGAACCACCAGAACGGCCUCCUCAAGGGCUACAUCAUCAGGUACUGCCUGGCCGGGCUGCCGGUCGGGUACCAGUUCAAGAACAUCACGGACGCCGAGGUCAACAACCUGCUGCUGGAGGACCUCAUCAUCUGGACCAACUACGAGAUCGAGGUGGCCGCCUACAACAGCGCGGGGCUGGGCGUCUACAGCGGCAAAGUCACCGAGUGGACGCUGCAGGGAGUCCCCACCGUCCCUCCGGGCAACGUGCACGCAGAAGCCACCAACUCCACGACCAUCCGCUUCACCUGGAACGCCCCCAGCCCCCAGUUCAUCAACGGCAUCAACCAGGGCUACAAGCUGAUCGCCUGGGAGCCGGAGCAGGAGGAGGAGGUUACCAUGGUGACCGCCCGACCCAACUUUCAAGACAGCAUCCACGUGGGCUUCGUGUCGGGCCUGAAGAAGUUCACGGAGUACUUCACGUCCGUGCUGUGCUUCACCACGCCCGGGGACGGGCCCCGCAGCAGCCCGCAGCUGGUGCGCACCCUCGAGGACGUGCCUGGGCCUGUGGGGCACCUGAGCUUCAGUGACAUCCUGGACACCUCGCUGAAGGUCAGCUGGCAGGAGCCGGGGGAGAAGAACGGAAUCCUCGCAGGGUACCGGAUCUCCUGGGAGGAGUUCAACCGCACCAACACCCGCGUGACCCACUACCUGCCCAACGUGACCCUGGAGUACCGCGUGACCGGCCUCACCGCGCUCACCACCUACACCAUCGAGGUGGCCGCCAUGACCGCCAAGGGCCAGGGCCAGGUGUCCGCCUCCACCAUCUCCUCCGGGGUGCCCCCAGAACUCCCCGGCCCCCCCACCAACUUGGGCAUCUCCAACAUCGGCCCCCGCUCCGUGACCUUGCAGUUCAAGCCGGGCUACGACGGGAAGACCUCCAUCUCCCGCUGGCUGGUGGAGGCCCAGGUGGGCGUGGUCGGGGAGGGAGAGGAGUGGCUGCUGGUGCACCAGCUCGCCAACGAGCCCGACGCCCGCUCCAUGGAGGUGCCCGACCUCAACCCCUUCACCCACUACAGCUUCCGCAUGCGCCAGGUGAACAUCGUGGGCACCAGCCCUCCCAGCCAGCCUUCCAGAAAGAUCCAGACCCUCCAGGCGCCCCCCGACAUGGCCCCGGCCAACGUGACCCUGCGCACGGCCAGCGAGACCAGCCUGUGGCUCCGCUGGACGCCGCUCCCGGAGAUGGAGUACAACGGGAACCCCGAGUCGGUGGGCUACAAGAUCAAGUACAGCCGGGCGGACGGCCGCGGCAAGGUGCUGAGCCACAUGGUCCCCGACCGGGUGGAGCGGGAGCACACCAUCGAGGACCUGGAGGAGUGGACGGAGUACCGUGUGCAGGUGCAGGCCUUCAACGCCAUCGGGAGCGGGCCCUGGAGCCCCGCGGUGAUGGGCCGGACGCGGGAGUCAGUCCCCUCCUCGGGGCCCGCCAACGUGUCGGCGCUGACCACCACCUCCAGCAGCAUGCUGGUGCGCUGGAGCCCCGUCCCCGAGGCCGAGCGCAACGGGCUGGUGCUGGGCUACAAGGUGCUGUACCGGGAGAAGGACUCGGACCCGCAGCCCCGGGUCUGGCUGGUGGAAGGGAACGCGUCCCUCAGCGUCCAGCUCGCGGGCCUGGGCAAGUACGUGCUCUACGAGGUCCAGGUGCUGGCCUUCACCCGCGUCGGGGACGGCCGCCCCAGCCGGCCCCCCGUCCUGGAGCGGACGCUGGACGACGUCCCGGGACCACCCACGGGCAUCCUGUUCCCCGAGGUGAGGACCACGUCGGUGCGGCUGAUCUGGCAGCCCCCCGCGGCGCCCAAUGGCAUCAUUCUCGCUUACCAGGUCACACACCGGCUCAACGCCACCACCGCCAACACGGCCUCCGUGGAAGUGCUGGCACCCAGCGCCCGCCAGUACACGGCCGCCGGCCUCAAGCCCGAGGCGGUCUACCUGUUCCGCAUCAGCGCCCAGACCCGCAAGGGCUGGGGAGAGGCGGCCGAGGCCCUGGUGGUGACCACCGAGAAGAGAGCCCGCCCGCAGCCCCCCAGCAGGCCCGCGGUGCGGCAGGAGGACGUGCGGGCGCGCAGCGUGCUGCUGUCCUGGGAGCCGGGCAGCGACGGGCUGUCCCCCGUGCGCUACUCCUCCGUGCAGGCCCGCGAGCUGCCGGCCGGCCGCUGGGCGCCGCACACCGCCUCCGUGAGCCACAGCGCCUCCGCCUGCGUGGUGGACAGGCUCAAGCCCUUCACGUCCUACAAGUUCCGAGUGAAGGCGACCAACGACAUCGGGGACAGUGAGUUCAGCGAGGAGUCGGAGCCGCUGACCACCCUGCAGGCCGCCCCUGACGAAGCGCCCACCAUUGUCUCAGUGACCCCCCACACCACCACCUCCGUGCUGAUCCGCUGGCAGCCUCCGGCCGAGGACAAGAUCAACGGCAUCCUCCUGGGCUUCCGGGUCCGGUACCGGGAGCUGCCGUACGAAGGCCUGAGGGGCUUCACGCUGCGUGGCGUCAACAACCCGGGGGCCAGGUGGACGGAGCUGACCUCCUUGUUCUCCGUGCGGAACCUGAGCCGGCCCGGCCUCACGCAGUACGAGCUGGACAACCUGAACAAGCACCGGCGCUACGAGAUCCGCAUGACGGUGUACAACGCCGUGGGCGAGGGGCCCCUGAGCGCCCCCCAGGAGGUCUUCGUGGGGGAGGCCGUGCCCACGAUGGCGCCCCGCAACGUGGCCGUCCACGGCCCCACGGCCACGCAGCUGGACGUGACGUGGGAGCCUCCCCCGCCGGAGAGCCAGAACGGAGACAUCCAGGGCUACAAGAUUUACUUCUGGGAGGCCCAGCGGCAGAACCUCACUGAGCGCGUGAAGACGCUCUUCCUGGCGGAGACCGGCGUGAAGCUCAAGAACCUGACGGGCUACACCGCCUACAUGGUCAGCGUGGCGGCCUUCAACGCCGCGGGGGAGGGGCCCCGCAGCACCCCCACCCGCGGCCAGACCCAGCAAGCAGCCCCCAGCGCUCCCAGCUCGGUCAAGUUCAGCGAGCUGACCACCACCUCGGUGAACGUGUCCUGGGAGGCCCCGCGGUUCCCCAACGGCGUCCUGGAGGGCUACCGGCUGGUGUAUGAGCCCUGCACCCCAGUGGACGGUGUCAGCAAGAUCGUGACGGUGGACGUGAAGGGGAACAGCCCCCUGUGGCUGAAGGUGAAGGACCUGGCGGAGGGCAUGACCUACCGGUUCCGCAUCCGAGCCAAGACCUUCACCUACGGGCCCGAGAUCGAGGCCAACGUCACCACGGGCCCCGGCGAAGGUGCCCCGGGACCGCCUGGAGUGCCCAUCAUCGUGCGGUACAGCUCCGCCAUCGCCAUCCACUGGUCCAGCGGCGACCCCGGCAAAGGGCCCGUCACCCGCUACGUCCUCGAGGCCAGGCCCUCAGACGAGGGGCUGUGGGACAUCCUCAUCAAAGACAUCCCCAAGGAGGUGACCUCCUACACGUUCAGCAUGGACAUCCUGAAGCCGGGCGUGAGCUACGACUUCCGGGUCAUCGCGGUCAACGACUACGGCUUCGGCACCCCCAGCAGCCCCUCCCAGUCCGUGCCAGCCCAGAAAACCAGCCCGUUCUACGAGGAGUGGUGGUUCCUGGUGGUGGUCGCCCUGGUCGGCCUCAUCUUCAUCCUGCUCCUGGUCUUCGUGCUCAUCAUCCGGGGCCAGAGCAAGAAGUACGCCAAGAAGACAGACUCGGGGAGCGGUGCCAAGGCUGGUGCCCUGGGCCACGGGGAGAUGAUGAGCUUGGACGAAAGCAGUUUCCCUGCCCUGGAGCUCAAUAACCGGCGCCUCUCCGUCAAGAACUCCUUCUGCCGGAAGAACGGCCUGUACACCAGGUCUCCGCCCCGGCCGAGCCCAGGCAGCCUGCACUACUCGGACGAAGAUGUCACCAAGUACAACGACCUCAUCCAGGCCGAGAGCAGCAGCCUGACCGAGAAGCCCUCGGAGGUCUCCGACUCUCAGGGAAGCGACAGCGAGUACGAGGUCGACCCGAACCACCAGAAGGCUCACUCCUUCGUCAACCACUACAUCAGCGACCCCACCUACUACAACUCAUGGCGGCGGCAGCAGAAGGGCAUCUCGCGGGCCCAGGCCUACAGCUACACGGAGAGCGAGUCGGGGGAGCCGGACCACGCCGCCACGGCCAACAGCGGCGGCCUCCAGCAGGGCAGCCUCUUCCGGCCCAAGGCCAGUCGGACCCCAACGCCUCAUAACCCCCCGAACCCCCCGAGCCAGCAGAGCACCCUCUACCGCCCCCCCAGCAGCCUGGCCCCCGGCGCCCGAGCUCCCAUCGCGGGGUUUUCAUCGUUCGUUUGACGCCCGAGGAGGAACCAGAGAGACGGCACCGGACUCCCCUGCCUGAGGACAGAAACACCAGGAAACCAAGGCAACGGUUCACCUCCUGAGUUUAUCUCUCUGGAGACCCCGGGGCCAGCAGGGCCGGAGGGGGGGGGGGCGGGGGGAGAGAAGAAAGCCAGCCACCGUCCAUCAGCCCCGUGACUGCGGGCGGGUGCAGAACGGGGGGAGCAGCCGGGUGCCCGGGAGUGGGUGGGGCCCCUGGAGAGAUCGGGAGAAGAAGCAGCGGGCCAGAGGUCUGCGAGGCUCAGGCCUGGCCGAGGGGAGAAGCUUCUGGAGGCCUGACUGGCUGCCCCGCAUCGGGCAUGUGCUGGAGCGCAGGGCCCUCGGCCGGCUGGUGCUAUGCAAGGCUGGGUGUCCCUGGGCACAGCUCCCCUCCUCUCUCUUCACCCAGCACUGCCACGUGGGUCCCUGUAGCUAGAGGGCACUGCCGCCCCCUGCCGCCCCCUGCCUGGUCUUCCCCUCACUGCCCCCUCCUCACCCUCACUGCACCCCCCCUCAGCCUUCCCCACCCCCCUCGCUCUGCUUCCCCAUCAAACAUUUGGAAGGUGAGAAUUCGCCUAACUAGCUCCUUGCUCCUAACAUGCUUUUUGUUAAACCUCGGAGAGGGCUCCUCGGGGUGCAGGAGAGCCCUCUUCCCCCAGCCCAGCCACCCCUUUACUUGGAUUCGCUUUCCGGAGCGCAGGCGAGCGGGGAUGGCCUCCGGGACAGAGUAGGGGCCAGGGCGGGGCAUCAGCGGGGUGAUAGGGAGAAACGCAGGAGGUCGGGAAUGUACGGAGGUCGCUGUGAUGUCACUCUUCCUUCCACUUUAGGUACCAUCUUCCCCCCUACCCCCCUCACUCCCGACCCUGAGGAAGAGAGCGAGGGAACCCCUUGGCCGAGGAAAUUGUGCUUGCCUGGGGCUGGGGGUGAGGGUGGGCGAGGGAGACCCUGCAGACAGCUGUCUCCUGGACAGACACCUUCCUCCCGUCACACCUGCCCGUCCUCGGGCGAGGAGCAGGGCCGGAGCCUCUGCAGGAGAAACCCCUCGGUUCUUGUAGCCAAACCAGAGGCUCCCCCAGGUCUGCACCCCUCUCCCUCUCGCCUACAGCGCUCUGCUCUCAGCACAGAGGGGGCUCAGGCUCAGCGCUGCCUCGCCGGGGCCUGGAGCCAGGAGGGCCGUCCUCGGGGCUGGACGCGGUUCCUGAGAAGCAGGGCCAGGCCGCCGGGGGCAGGUCCGAGGGGACCGGGGACCAGAAUAGCUGACGAGGCAGAGCUUCUGCGCACACAGCCCGUCCGGAGGGAUGUUCUUAAAAAGCCGCUCUGAGGCCUGGACUUCGGGAUGCAGGGCCGAGGGGGAGCCUAGCUAAGGCCCGCGGCCCUGGCGCCCACAGCCGGGGGAAGAGACUGCGGGGCCAGCGCGUCCAGUGCCGCAUGGGGCGCCUUCGUGGGCGGGGCUCCCUGGGGUGCUGAGCACCAGCUGAUGGUGACCUAUUUGAGGGGGUGAAGGGAACAGCUGGGGGAGGCCUGAGUGGAGGAUUUGGGAAGCCACUCCAGGGGAGAGAGGGCCUGUAUGCCCCUGCCCACCGGCCCAAAGCGGGGCCAGGGGCUGGGGAGAGGACCCACCCAGCCACGGCUCCUCCCUACUCACUAGGACCCCCUCCCCUGUCUCCCCCCCCCCCCCCCGGAAAUGUGUGCAAACAGAGCUGCUCCACGGAACAGGUCUGGGAAAGGAAGCACAGCCUUCCCCCACCCCCAAAGGAGGACACAGGCCGGAGGUCUGGCUCCCAUGCACAUCUGGCGUCUCCAUAGCAACACAUCUGCAGCCGCCCGCCUGCGACCCGCUUCUCCUUCCUUUCCGCUUGCUUCUCUCUUUUUUUAAAACAGCUGCAUCUUCUUCCCUGUCUGCUGCGUGUUUAGCCAUUUAAGGAAGUUCCCGGCUCACACUGGGGAGUUAUUCUAGCUCAGCCCCCUGAGGGGCUUUGUGGAGCGGAAGCAGGGAUGAGUACAAACAGGGCGUGUGCGUGUGUAACGGUGUGUGUGUGUAUCUGUGUGUGCAUGUGUGUCGUGUGUGUGUGUGUGUGUGUGUGUGAGAGAGAGUUGCACGUGAGGCCAGAUUUCCUUGGCCUUUCAUGAGUCACCUGGUGCACUCAGAUGUCCGCCCGCCCUCCUCCCCACACGCUCAUUCACAUCCAUGGUGACACGUGCACAGGCUCACACACACGCGCACACAGGCAUGCACAGAGCACACACCGCACCGCCUGUGUGUUAGCAAGGUCUUGCAGCAACCUCUUAAGUUGUCUCCACUCGGGACCUGUUGUCUGAGAGGACGGGACACUGUGCAGAGCCGGCGGGCUUGGUGCAGACCAGGGCCCCUGGGUGACCCCACGAAGGCAGCAGGCUGGGCCCGGGGUGAAAGCCCGCCCUUCACCUACCGUCCCCUCCCCACCAUUGGCAAUGUGGCCGCCACCACCCUGGCCACACCUGGGACUCUAGUUUGCCCUUGUUUACAUAUCUGCUGGGCAGAGGAGGCUCCGCCCCACCCCCCGUCCUGGCUGCACCUGGCUGCCAGGCGGGCACUGCCCUGGGUAACAGCCUCCCGCUGUGGUUUCCCGGGCCUGGUCUGUGUGACUCCACCUGGGGCAGGUUCACACCAGGACACCUGGCACUGCGGCUCGGCCUGGCCGUGGCCCUGGGGAAACCCGGUGUCGCACCCAGCGGCCCACACCAGGCCGCCCUGCCCUUCCCCAUCCUGGCGUGCCUCCGUGUCCACAUCAGCUCUGCACACGGCUGCCAAGACAAACCAAAAAGCUGCUCCGCGUUCCUCCCGGGGCCCCAGGGAGUUUGCACACGCAGGCUGCCGGUCCUGCCCCCAACACUGCCAGAUUCGGAGGGAACGAGGACACCCUGCCCGGCCCGGCCCCGGUGCCUCGAGGCCUUCCGUCUACCCACACCUCCCCCGGCAGGGCUUUUAAAGGUGCCAGAGACCCCCCCAUAGAUCACCCUGGGCAGGGGCUUCCUUCGCCUUCCCACCAUGCACAGCGGAAGGUGCCCACCCUGGGGGAGGGGCGGGAGGGGGGCCCUGAGCAGCAGCCGCCAGCUCCCCAGUGCCUCUGUGUGGUCCUGCCCAGCGCCACCCCGACACCACCCCGAGCACAGGUGCCCUCCUGGGACCACCCCCCACUCCUCCUCCCAUUGGUUUCCGUGAGAAAAACCAAAAGCAUUUCAACGUGUUACCUUUCUUUAUGCAGAGAGACUCCAAA